AUGCGCAGGGCGCUGGCGGAGUACUUCCGACAGCGAGGCCUCCACAGCCAGGCUGGGCUGGCGAAGUUCCAGGCAGCCUCUCAUGAGAACGCUCAGAAAAUAUUAGCUGUGCAGGGGGAGUUGUCAAAAACAAUCCAGCACAUCACUGCUUUCUUGCAUUCUUUGACAGAUGGCUCAUCUGCUAUAGACAACAAUGCAAACAACCAGUGUAUCUCGGAUGCUGAAAUAAAAGACAAGAAAAGUCACACAGUUCAGAUAACAGUGUGUUUUUGCAAUUGAAUGCGGGAAGUAAAAUUCAGAAGACAGAAGAAAUGAAAGAAGGGAAGUAAGAUACUACAGAAAAAUUCUUACAGUAUAAUUUUUGAGAAUUCUACUUUGUAAAUUAG